UCUUUCGUAAAAUAUGAAACUCAUUGCUCGAAUGUAUGUGUUAAUUGCAUGAAAGUAAUAUAAAAGUAAACGAUACAUGGUGCUGGAAGACAGUCGAGUGAAAAUGAUACGGUUAAAAUACUUAAAUAUUAUAUUAUUCAGCGUAUUUAUUAUUUCAACUUAUGGGAAAUCUGAAUCUGACGAAGUGAAAAUAGAAAAAAAAUGUCUUGAUGAUUCUAUUGAAUUUCAAUUACUUCAAAAUGAACCGUUUUCGGGAAGUAUUUAUAUCAAAGGACAUGAAAAAGAGAACACUUGUAGAAAAACUUAUAGAGAUAUUAAAAACCCAACACUUUCUGUACUGCAUCAACCAUGUGCACCAAAAACUGAUAAUAUUGUUGAUGUUAUUGCAGUUAUUAAACCAUUAAACGGGACAAAAAUUGUUCGUAACAUAAAAUGUGACUAUAACGAGAAUGAAGUUGAAGCAAAAGCUGAAAUUCGCAUACUUUCAUCAACAACUCCAACACCAUCAACUCCCGCACCAAUUACAGCAUCCAUUGAAGAUAUAAAACAUAAUCUACAUCAAAACGUUAUGCAGUUAUGGAAAACAAUUAACAAUGUUUUGUGUGAUUGUAAUUUGAAAACUUACGUCAAUAAGAUUAAGUCUUUUGUCAAACCAUCAGAAUAAUUAUUUUAAAACAAUUGAGAUUUAUAAAAUGUUUUAGAAAUUUUUAUCAAUUGACGAAAUUAAACUAAUCAAAUUUUUUUUUUUAUCAUUAUAAGAAUACGAACGUGAUUAAUCGAAAUUGAUUUUAUUUAUGUACGUGCUUGUU